UCAGGGGCCAGGGUAGUUUGAUACUACUGCCCGUCCUAUAAAUAGGGCCCGGCAAGCAUCGCCUAUUAAAUGUAUUCAAGCUGCUGCAACGACCAUCCCACACCACUAAUCACUUAGAGAUUCCCAAUGAGUUCGUCAGAAAUUCAAAUCGAUCCCCAAACGGAAGCCGAGAAGACGCAGGAAGCCGAGAAGACGCAAGAAUUCGUGUUCAAGAGCGCCAUGCGGGGCAAGUGGGACGAUGUGAAGCGCGCCUACGCCCAGGACAAGGGGGUCCGCAAAAAUAAGAUGACCUGGGUUGGGGAUACCUUGCUGCACUUGGCCGUAUCGAGCGGCGAAGAGAGCAACGUGAUGCUUCUCGUGAACUGCCUGAAAACAGAGGACCCCCGGGAGGUUCUGGCGAUCCAGAACGAGAAUGGUGACACGGCGCUCCACAUCGCCGCCUCCCUUGGGAUGGUAAAGGUGUGCUUGGAGAUGGCUAGGUUGCACCCCAAUAUGGUGUUCGAGAAAUACAACGGGUGGCAAGAGACGCCCCUCUUCACGGCUGUGCGCCACGGCCAGAAGGAAGCCUUCUUUGCCAUGCAGUCUGUCGUGGAUGAGAAAUUAAAAAUUAAGACAACCCCUGGUCUCAGGAGGGUACGUGGCGACACCGUCCUCCACGAUGCCAUUUUCACGGAGCGUUUUGAUCUGGCCUUGGAGAUCAUAAACCGCCAUUCAUAUUUGGUGGACUACGUGAACGAGAAGGGGGAGUCGCCUCUUCAUGUCCUGGCCAAGAAGCCGUCAGCUUUCAAAAGUGGAACCCGUUUUAGCCUACUUGAGAGUGUAAUCUACGAUGAUAUAUCAGUGGAUCCACUCAAAGUUGAAUAUUCAAGUUAUGAGAAGAAAUUCAGCAAAAAUGAAGGCAAUGAUAAUGAAAAGGUUUUGCAUGAUGGAAAUCACAAAUUACCAGAUAAUUACCAAGCAUGCUACAACAUCUUUACUUUGCUAAAGCAUGUCUUCACGAAUAUUGCUCCCUGGACCAGUGGUGAAGAUGACAAGUUCGAGCACACUGCAGACGUUGAAAACCAAAUCUUAGCUCCUUGGACCAGUGGUGAGGAUGAUAAGUCCAAGCACAUUACAGAUGUUGAAAUCCAAAUGCCAGCACCUUUGACCAAUGAUGAUGAUGAUGAUAGGCCCAAGCAUAGUAUAGAUGUUGUAAUUGAAAUCUCAGAUGCAGUUCGUAGCAUGGGCACAAGGGAUAAAAGAGACCCAGAGAACCGUGUAAAAGAGGGACAAAAUGGCUCGCAAAAUCGUCCAAGAUAUUCAAAAAAUUGCUGCACAUGCUUCAAUUUCUCCAAACUUGUAGUGAAGUUUCUGCUAUUUAUCACCGGAAUCGGGCUAUGGAGGGGCCAGACAAUAAAAAAGAAGAAGCAAACGAAUGCACAUGCAUACCGGAUCAUGGAAGAACUUCUUCGCCGACACAAGUCAUGGCAUUAUGCUAAAGACGGAACGCAGCGCGGCACGGCACAAGGAGAAAACAUGACGCCAAAUGUUAAAGAAGAACCAAGGGUGCUCAAUUCUCAACAAAUUCAAGAUGAAAUUCUCAAAAAACUUGAGAAAUGUUGCUGCAAACAAGUUGAAGAUGAUUCAAAACAAGAACCAGAUCGAGCGACACCAAUCCUAGUUGCAGCAAAAAAGGGCAUCAUAGAGAUAGUGGAGAAAAUUCUAGAGGAGACACCGGUGGCAGCACGUGACCUGGAUCAAGAUGAGAAGAACAUAGUACUAAUAGCAGCGGAGAACAGACAAUCCCGAGUAUAUGAACUUAUGACGAAGAGGGAAUUAAUGCGGGAGCUUGUGUUUGGCGCCGUAGACAAGGACGGCAAUAGCGCGCUACAUUUGGCUGCCAGGCUCGGCUCUCAUAGGCCUUGGCCCAUCCCUGUAGCAGCUCUUCAAAUGCAAUGGGAGAUCAAGUGGUACAAGUAUGUGAAGAAAUCUACGGGAUCCCAGUUCUUCAUGCAUCACAAUAUGAAAGGCGAGACUGCACAUGAAAUCUUCACCAAAACUCACGAGACUCUAGUGAACGACGCCGGAAAGUGGAUCAAUGAUACCUCACAGGCAGGCUCCGUGGUUGCCGUAUUUAUCGCGACGGUGGCCUUCGCCUCUACAACCACUGUGCCCGGAGGUGUCGACCAGAAUUCAGGCUUCCCCAUCUUUGAGGGCAAGAGUGCCUUCCAAGUGUUUGCCCUCUCUUCGCUCAUAGCCCUCUUCUUCUCGAUUACCUCCCUGGUAACGUUCCUCUCUAUCCUUACCUCCCACCAUCAAGAGCAACACUUCGAGAGGAAACUCCCUGUGAAGCUGAUCCUCGGCCUCACCACCCUCUUUCUGUCCAUUGUUGCAAACCUCGUCUCCUUCUGUGCCGGCGAUUUCCUUGUUAUUGAGCAGAAGCUAAAGUAUGCGACAUAUCCAAUAUAUGCAGCAGUUGGCCUGCUCGUAUCAUUAUUUGCUCUGGCGCAGAUCCCACUCUACAUCGACCUCUUAAAGGCUAACUUCGGUGCGGUGCCACAGCACCCCCAGAAGUUGCAAUCUCUCUAAAUUAUCCGGCGUGAGGGCAUUUCUCAUAUUUGCUUCACUGAGUGUGGAUUUUUUGGCUUGUGUUGUGACCUCUGCUAGAUCCUUCAUAUCUUGUUUGCUUCUCUGCCGUAAGUGUGGGUUCUUCCGACCUCUUUGAUGUUGUUUGUGGACAUCAUUCUGUGUGCUCGGAUAUUUUAUAUUUCCAGCAUUUGAUGUAGCGGUUUUCUUCUUGAUCUGACCGUGUUUAUGGUCUACUUGGUAGAUUUUAUAUGCGCUUCUGGUAAUAUCCAACCCACA